AAACUGGGCUCUCUGACACAAGCUGGUUUACGAAAAGCAGAAUAGUCUACUACACUACACUGUACACCAACAGAAGAGGUUACUUUGAAUUUGCAGAAGGAACAUUAUUUCAGUGUCUGCUUGUUUCUCUGUGGAUGACAGGUAGCAGCUGCCGUGUUUACAAUCAGCGGCGCGCCUACUUAGUCGGGACACUCAGUAUCUCUGAAACUUCCAUCGCUGCAGCACCGGGAUUCGCAAAUGAUUGUGUAAUUUAGAUUAUGGCUGGAGUCACUCUCUCUCUCUUACUCUGUGAGGACAGAGCUGUAAUUAACUCGCAUUGAAGGAAUCUGUGGGGUGAAUAGCUCCGUCUUGGAACGUCUCAUCUUGUUCAGAGUGUUGUGUUCUAAACGCAGGGAAAAGGACAGACUGAUCGAACUCAUCUGGAUCUUGGAGUUUAAAAAGCUUUGAUAAGUCACUCUGAACACCUGAGGUUAAGACUAUGGGGACUCUGGGCAUCUUCCUCCACCAGCGGAACCUCUGGACGUGUGACAAUGGUCUUCAGCAGAUGCACAAACGCAGCAGCCUGGUAGUCCUGAAGGCUAACGCCGCUACUUUCUGACUGCUUUAUUACUGGGCUGAAGGGAGAGCUGAUACCUCUCUCCUCUACUCUGCCUCGCCUGAGCGGAAGACGGAGGAGUAUUGGCCAUAUUGAUCCCAUGCAGUUCUCACCUGGAAGUCAAGCGAAACGUUAGACACACAGACGAGUCUGGAUAAGCCGGGCAAACGACUGUCAAUGCUCAUUCUAAGAUGAAGUUAUGGAAGUGUGCCACCAUCGCCUUGACUCUUUGUGGUACAGCACUGUCCUUCUUCCUCACUAGAAUCAUGGUUCCCACACCGCCGCAUCACUUCCUCUCCUGGGACUGGUCUUCACCGCGGACAUCAGUCUCCGCCAACUCUUCUUCCUCCCUGAUCGGACCUCAUCGCAAAGCACGGUCGACAGAUGGCAUCAGCAACAUUUUGACAGAAUUCAUGCACAUGUUCCAGAGCUUUACAGAGGGGGAGCUGAAGAAGGUGAUCGGGACUCUGGUGGAGAAGAAGGCACAGCAGGAGGCCAGGCAGGAGGCUCGGCAGAGCAAAAGGACUAAACGAGCUAAGAAAGCAUCGAAGCCAUGUUCCCUGCGGGAGGUGGAAGUGACUGUCAGUGAGCUGGGUCUGGGCUACUACAGCGACGAAACGCUGCUCUUCAGGUACUGCAGCGGGAACUGUAAUGCUAGCCGCCGCAACUACGACCUCAUACUGGAAAAAUGGACGAGGAAAGGCAUCUCAAAGAGGGAGAGGAGCCCCUGUUGCCGGCCCAAGGAGUACGAUGACAUUUCCUUCUUGGACAACAGUAACAGAUACCAGAUGCUCCACGAGUUUUCUGCUCUAGCGUGCGGUUGUGUAUAACACCUAGAUGGUGACCAUUUUGGCUUUCCAGAUACUGUAUCGAACAUGGGAAACGCAACAACUACUGCUACAAAAAAAAUGAAUAGAUCCCUACAGUAUGACGCCAGGGAAUACGGACAUUUGAAACUACCAUCUAUUCUACCAUCUGUUCAUUAAUUUUGUUUGUUUAGCUUUCUUUGCCUUUCAUGGGAUAUUUAUCUGUUGGUUUAUACAUUGUAUGUCCUAGGAUUAUACAUUUGUCAUCAUGGGGCAAUCACAGUUAAAGUAACGAUUUGUUGCUUGAUUGUGGACUAUGCGGCAAUGCCUCCACUACCAAUACAGAAGACCAGCUAAGGUAUGCUAACUAGUGCAUUGUACACUGCAAGUCUGUUCUUAUACUACACUUGUAAGAGGCCUGGUUUAUUUUUUCAGGAAUUAGUGUGUAGAAGUGUGUACAUGGAAAAUAGUAGAAUAAUAUAGGGAAUGCCAAGGACGACAUAUACGGUAUACAAAAGGAUGAAACCAACAUGAAGCUACCACAAUGUGCUUCUCCACAACUUCUUGAUCUGCACCAUUGAUAACGCAUGAGGUAUCACGAAGGCAAGUCCAAUGGAGCAGCAACAGCAGUAUUAGGAAAGACUAGAGGCUUGGAGAAACAUGUAUAGCAGGCUUCACUUCAUAUUAUGUGUAUAGGCACUCCUUCAUAUCACAGGUAAUGAACUGAAUCAUGACAUUUCUAGCCUUCAUCAGUAACUUUGAAAAUCUACCUCAUUUAUGUUGAACAAUAAUGGACAACAUCCGAUGCAAAAACACACGAACAUGUUCUUCAACAGCUUCCUCUGUAUUCAUCACUAGGACCAGACUAAAAGGAGAUAUUUUAGUAAUAAAGCAUGGCCUAUAUUGGCAUAUGAAGC